CAUUGUGUCGACCGAAGGGUAACAGCAUGUUGUUGGGGCCGUGGGUCUUAUUAAAACCGCGUACCGCAUAUCUUCUGUCACGGGGCGUCGCUUUUGAGCGACGUUCUCACUUUAGCGGUCGCCGCUCUGGGAACUCGGGAGGGCAAAAUGGCCAGCCGCAAGCCAGCUCCACCUGGCGCGAACCCAUACCAGACCAUCCAAUGCUCGCAUUGUAAGUCCAGCUGCACGGUUCGCUGCAUUGAGUCCCAUGGCGACUUCUUCAGGUGCCACAACAGGGACUGCCCCCUGCACACCAACCCAGCUCACGUUCUCCCGUUCGAGGGGCUGAUCGUGCCGUGGAAGACCUAUCCAGACCCAGAUCCCGACUACGACCUGUUCGGGGUCCCUUCUCAAGACGACGAUCAGCCGCCUACUGACUUCAGACCAGCCACGGGCGGUGGUCGUCGAGACCGCGAUCCGUUUCGUCCUUUUGACUUCGGACCGGAACCAGACAUGGACAGUAUUCGCCGCGACCGUCACCGGCGGCCUCCCCGCGGUCUCGAUCCUGACUACGACGAGCGCGAGAAGUGGAGGAGCGACCUCCCCCCGAAGGAUGGCCGUCGACCUGGGCGCGCUCCCCCUGACGACGGCUUUCCCUGGUCUGACCGCGUCCCCUUUGACAGUGGCUUCCCGAGGCCUACCCGAGAUUACGGCCUCGAUCCGGACCGUGGACGCCACCGUGACCGCACGACUUCUCGAACUGGCACCGGCAUCCCCCCUUGGGGCGGGCGCGAUCCGUUCGACAGCGAUUUCUUCAGGCGCGCCCGGGAGCGCCACAUGGGGCCUUUCAGCAAUUUCUUUACUGCAUCAGAUCCCUUUGGCAGCACGUUCUUUCAGUCCAGCCGCGGCGGCUACGGCCACGCCACGGGUGGCCUGUUCGGCCCGGACAGCGACUUUGCCCGCACCAUGGCCGACAUUGACCGCAUGACGGAGGGCCUGGGCCGGAUGGGACUCAACGAUGACCCGUUCGGCUCCUUCUUCUCGUCGCCGUUUGGUCGCAGGCGGCCUGGUCCAGGACCCUUCUAGGCCGUCUCCGUUGCUGAACCUACCUGUGUUGCCCGGCUCUGCUCUUCCUGUAUUGUCAUUCUUUUGUUUGCAUCUCGUAUUUGUUGCCGGAGAGUCGGCUCCCUCACCUGAGG